AUGAAUACGCCGGAACAUCACGAUGUCCCACCAUCGUAUUCCCCACCAUCGUACUCCUCAUCCGAGAGAUACAAUGAAUUCAUCGAUGAAAAGAAAGACAGCCCAAUACUUCUCCGACCUGAGCGAAGCGAUCCCGGGUUUGCAGUUGCAUCUGCUCUCAGCCGAGGCCUGCAAGUGCCAUCCAGGUCUGGAGCUUGCACAUCAGGCUUCGACUAUCCAGAUGAGCUGUUACACUACGGUAUUUCCGAAGCCCAGUGGUCGCAGUUCACACAAGUUGUCUGCGAUGAGGCCAAGCUCUCACGCGAGCAGUGGAACACCGUGAUUGGCAAAGGCCUGGGGACAAUGGUAGUGGGUGGGCUGAUGAUCGGAAUUCUGGGCGUCAUUCCAGCAAUCUUCGUUGCCCGUGUUACCCGAAAUCGAAAAGAACAACGCAAUCUGAUCUCAUCACUGGCUGGAGUUCGUGGUGAACACCUUGCUCGCCAUAUCUCGCAUUGGAACGAGACGGUCUUUAGACCUAGGGGUAUUUUGAUCCGGGUCGAUUUACCUGAUGAAUAUUUAAAUGAUAUGGAAGCCAUGGAUGUUUACACAAGUGGUGGAUCAGCACGGGCUGUUAGGAAGUCGAGGGAUAAGGCUGCGCUUAAGGCGAGGAUUGUGAUCAUCCCUCUGGGUGAGACGACGUCAACUGAGCAAUCGUCACGCUAG